AUGAGCUUUGACGUGGGCCUCAACAGUCAUAACAGCUGCAGGCAGGACGAAACUGCAGGAGGAGACGGCGGCAGUGUGCGGUCGCUUUACUUGCGACGACCCUCCCAGGACAUCAGCCUGGAGGAAUUUGACGACGAGGACUUGUCCGAGAUCACGGAUGACUGCGGCAUCGGCCUGAACUAUGACUCGGACCACAAUGAAAAGGACUGCCUGGUGCUGGGGAGGGGCGAGCAGCCCCACCCAACCUGCACCUUCCAGGAAGAUUUCCAGGAGUUUGAGAUGAUCGAUGACAAUGAGGAGGAGGAGGAGGAGGAAGAGGAGGGGCUGGAAGAGGCCCCGCCCUCCCCUUCAGGAUCUCUGAUACCUUCACCCACCCCCGAGGACACCCAGAAGCUCCGUCCCACCACCCUCAACUUGACCGUCACAAGCACCCAGGACUCCCUGAACAACAACAGCGGCUGCAACAUGGCUGCCCCCCUGCAGCGGGCCACUUGGCAAGAGACUCUGCUGCACUCGUCUUCCUCCUCCUCCUCCUCCUCUUCCUCUUCCUCGGCCUCCCACGCAGAGCGAUCGUCUCCCCUGCACUCCUGUCUCCAGGAUGGACCCCGCAGGGACAUGCCAAGCAGCAAAGAGCCGGGUCUGCCCCAGGCCCCUCGCAAGCCCCCACUCUUGGACACGGAAGGCAACAGCCAGGGGCUGCAGAGAGGCGUCCCUGGGUUGCCUGCCGGGGAGGAUUAUAACAUGAACGUUGUCUCCCGGGGCUCAGCUCCACAACCCCCUUCCGCCUUGCCCAGCGCAGCGCCCGUGAAGCCUCUCGAAGCUCGGAGCAGCCCUGCCCGCAGCUCGGGAUCCCAGCCCCACGGUGCCAGCCCUCACAGGUCACCGGCCACGGAGAGCUACUGUGCCCGAUUUCAGAGAGAUGCGGUGGCGUGUCCAGAGAAAGAGGAGGGGGCUGCCUUGGCUGGGGACCCAGCAGGGCACGGACCCUCAGGCUCCCCCGUGGAUGGGCUCCACGUGGCCCUCUCUCAGGAGGAGCCCACCAAGCGCUCCAGGGAUGGUGCACCUGGAGAGCGCUGCUCCUUGGGACCCCAUGCAAGCCCAGCACGAGAAGCUGCUGCCCCACUGAGCCCCGAAGGAGAGGGCCCUCCAGGGCACCAUUUGCGAGGGUUGCCAUCUGCCUCAUCCGAUACCACGUCUCCCUCCUCGGACCCUGGCAUCGAGGCAGAUCUCACCAGCCGGACCUCCAAGGCCUUCCCCCCGUGCACCCAGCACAGCGAGGACCUCAGCUCCCCCGGCUCGGACUCUGAUGUGGAAGGGGAAAUCGAGGCAGCGUUUGCUGGCAGCGGGAGCCGUCUGGCUAGUAACAUGAUCUCCAGCAUCUCAGAAACGGAGCUGGACCUGAGCAGCGAGAGCAGCAGUGGCCGCUCCUCCCACCUCACGAACUCCAUCGAGGAAGCCAGCUCGCCGGGGUCAGAGGCCGACCUGGAGGCCGACCUGGAGGCCCCGGGCGUGAUGGGCCUGAAGGAUGCCCUCCUGCUGGAUGCGAAGAAGGAAGAGGAGGGCACGCGGCUGCCUGCGGAGGAGAGCCUGGCCCCGCUCAAAAUCGAGGAGUUCUACGAAGACCCCUCCGCCCCCAUCGGCCAGACAGACAGGCUGCCCUCGGAUCCUCUGGAGCUGGAGAUCGAUCCGGACCACAGCCUGGAAACCCUGCGGCGGUCCUUCUACUUGCCCGUGGGACGCAAGCUCUUGCCCGAGGGGGAGGGGGAGGAAGCCGAGGGGAACAGCGAGUACGAUUCUGAGUCGGACUCCGGGUCGGAGCCUGACCUGAGCGAGGAUUCGGACUCCCCGUGGCUCCUCAGCAACCUGGUGAACAAAAUGAUCUCGGAGGGCUCCUACCCCGUCAAGUGUGCGGACGAAUGCUUCCCGGCAGCUCACUCCCUCUCCGACACAAUUUCCCCGGCCUCCGACCUGGAGCCAGAGAUGCCCAGUGAGGCCCUGAGCGGCCCCCAGCCGUGCUCCCAGCAAAGCAUUGAGCUGGUGGACAUGGAGACGCUUCGCUGCUCACUGCAGGGGGCUGGGGAGGAGAAGCCGCUGGAGGACCAGCCUGCCGUUGGGAAGGCGCCUCCGGCAGGGGACUCGGGGCCCUACCUCUUCAUGAGCAACUCCACCAACGACGUCAUCACCCCCGUCUUCCCAGGGCGGCCCUACUCCGGCUGCUGCGUCGCCACCGCUCCGCCCAGGGAGACCCCCCACGAGGAUGACCCGGCCGCGGAGGAGGACUGCGCGAUGGAUGGGGACCUGGACUCGGGCAUCCUGGAAGACAACGACAUGAUUGACGAUGUCCGGUUAGAGUGCGAGGAGGGCCUGGAGGUCUCCACUGCCAAGACCAACCGCUGCUUCAACCUGUCCUAUUCUCCCGAGGAGGACGACGUGCCCGGCUUGGGCAGCCUGAAGGGGUCCCCUUUUCCAGAGGAGCUAUCCCUGCCCCCUCCCGCAGUGAUGCUGGACGACUCCCUGGCCUACGACUCGGUCAAGUACACCCUGGUUGUGGAUGAGAACACCCAGCUGGAGUUGGUGAGCCUCAAGCGUUGCACUUCGGUGCUGAGUGACGACAGCGAGCUGCUCCGUGCCUGCGAUGCCACCGACCCGGAGGAUGCUGCGAGUGACUUUGGGGAAGGGCUGGUGGCUCCUGACGGGCGCAGCUCCUCCUCAGAGGAUUCCUCUCCAGAGGCUGACCUCCAUUUCUCCAAGAAGUUCCUCAAUGUCUUUGUAAACAGCACCUCCCGUUCUUCCAGCACAGAAUCCUUUGGUCUGUUUUCUUGCAUGGUGAACGGGGAGGAGCGAGAGCAGAGUCAUCGAGCUGUCUUCAGGUUCAUCCCUCGCCACGAAGACGAGCUGGAGCUGGAUGUGGACGACCCAAUCCUGGUGGAGCUGGAGGAGGACGACUACUGGUACCGGGGCUACAACAUGCGCACGGGGGAGCGUGGCAUUUUUCCGGCCUUCUAUGCCCACGAGGUGGUGAGCCAGGCCAGGGAAGUGGCAGGCCUGAAGCGGAAUCCUUGCUGGGUUGAGCGCUUCAACGUGCAGUUCCUGGGCUCGGUGGAGGUGCCGUACCAUCAGGGCAAUGGCAUCUUGUGUGCGGCCAUGCAGAAG